CUGCUCUUAGUGGAAGACCAGCACAACGCCUCAUAUUUGCGGUUUCUGUUCAAGUAGCUUCUCUUUCUUUUUGCGUCUUGGGUGUGUAAAAGACUUUCUGAGCAAAAUACUUUAUAACAGUGCAUUAACGUGUCCUUUGGAUAACAAAAAUGUCUCCACGAUGCUUGACGUUGGUCGUAAUCUGCGUUGUGUUCCUCUCCACAGAAACUGUUUCAGGCGAAGAUGUGAAGAAAGCAGUGGUGACGAAGUUUAUUUUCAUCCAGACAAACAACAGGAACAAAGAUUAAACUCGACUGUUAAGGGUCAAGAAGAGAAAGUUUAUGCUGAAGUUGGUGGUAAAGUGUCUUUUGGUGCGACCAGCUUAAAUCAGCAGCAAUUAAAUGUCAGCAGCAUUAUAUGGAAACAAAGAAAUGAACCUGUUAUAAAAGCGAUUGAAUGGGAUACUGAAGAUGGUGUUAACGUCCCAAAUCCGAGAUUCAAAGACAUCACAACUCUUGAUAAGGAGACUGGACAAAUCACUAUAACUAAUUUAAAAUUCGAACACAGUGGACUUUAUACCAUCGACAUCAACGGUAAAGAACAGGAAAAAAUAUUCAAAUUGGAAGUUUUGCCACCGGUCCCCAAACCUGUGAUAAAAAUAGAGAAGAUUGAAGUUAACCCUGAUGCGGUGUAUUUAAUAUGUGAGUACAGUGAAACGAUCAUCUGGAAUAAUUCUACUGGAGAAACACUGCAGGGUUCACCCACUAUCCGAAUGGAAAACUUAUCACAGUUGAAAAACAAGGAAAUCCAGAUUUCUUCUACACAUGCACACUCGAGAAUGCAGUGA